AAGCACGGGAUUGUGGGAGGAAGCGGAGCGGAGCGCAGACAGACGCCCAGCGAACAUGGCUGCACCAUGAGCCGCCUCCCAGAGGCUCUCCGCCGCCGCCGCUGCUACUGCCGCCGCCUCCGCCUCCUCCCAGGGCCGCCUCGCUCUCAGCGCCAGCCCGCGGCUUGAGGCCAGGCCGAGUGCGGGGCGGGAGGGGGAAAGGAGGAAGGAGCCAGCGAGGGAGGGGGAGGAGGAGGAAGAGGAGGAGGAGGAGAGAGAGAGAGAGAGGGACCCCCUCCGCCCUCCCUCCCUGCCUUCCUUCUCCUUCCUUCCUUCCUUCCCUCCCUCCUCUCCCCGCUCGCCCGCCUCUCUCCUCCCCAUCGAGCGCCUCCUCCGCCGCCGCCAGGAGGGGCCCAGCGCCCAGGCUGGCCUCCCCAUGGAUAGGAACUACCCCAGCGCCGGCUUCGGGGAUCCGCUGGGCGCCGGCCCGGGAUGGAGCUACGAGCGCUCGGCCAAGGCCAGCUUGGUGUAUGGCGGAUCCCGGAGCUCACACCCAGACACAGAUAUCUUACACCGCCAAGCAUACGCCACCCCUCAUCCUCUGCAGGGCUACGCCACAAACCACCACCCGGCAGGUCUUUCUGGCCUGUUCGAGACAGGGCUCCAUCAUGCCAGCAGUGCCACACCAGACGCCUCGGUCAUGAACCUCAUCUCGGCGCUGGAGUCACGAGCACCACAACCAGGCCCUUCCGCCUCUUCCCUACUCUCCCAGUUCCGCACCCCAUCCUGGCAAACAGCCAUGCACACUCCGGCGCCUGCUGAGCUCUUCAUCUCAGGGGCGCUCCCAGGCUCCGGCACCUUCCCUUCAUCCUCAGCGCUCUCUGCUUACCAGCACCCGGCCUCCUUCAGUGGGCGCAGCUUCCCAGUCACUUCCUCACUCACAUUGCAAGAUGCUACCUUCAGCCCAACCUCCAAUGGUCUCUUGUCUCCUCACGAUCCUUUGCUUCACAUCAAGUCCUCGCAGUCGAGUGUCCCUUCAUCUCUCAGCUUUGACCGGCUGGGCAGUGCAGUGCUGGGUACAGGCUUGCCCUCCCAGAGCUCGGCUUAUCGCAGCGCUCAAGAGUCGGCUUCCCGUCACCUCCCUUCCCAGUUCAACCUUCUUUCAUCCUCGCUGGGGCCAUCCGACCAGACAUCCCAACUUUACAACACGUCUGUCUUUUCCAGCUCGCCUGCGUCCUCCAUUGAGCGGGCCAUCCCCCGGCAGGACAGUGUGAUCAAACAUUACCAGAGACCCUCCAGUGCCCAGCCGCAACUCCCUGCUGCCCAUUCCCUCCAGCACUACCUGAGCUGUGGGGGCAGCUAUCAGCAGAUGCCCCACCGUUCCAGUCUUUCCUGCAGCCCCCUGGGUGAACAGUCCCCUGCCAGCAGUGAAGGUUCCCAACAGCAGAAGACCCCACAGGCCUCACGACAAGAGCCCUCCCAAAGUUACCGUCCCAUUAUCCAGUCCCCUGGGUACUCUGGCACAGCCUCCUCUUCGAAAUCCAAGAGCUAUUCUGCCUCCCGCCAACCACCCCGUUCCACCGCCACACCCAAGUGCCAAAGCAACUACAGUUCAUCCACCCCCAAGCCUAGCUCUGUCAUUGCAAGCCAGUCCCAGGCCUAUUCACCCGGACAGCCCCAGAGCCUGCUUUCCAUGAGCCAAACACAGAGUUACUCUGUCAGCCAGCCACAGAAUCUCUCUUCGGUUAGCCAGGCAUCACAAGGUUUCAGCAGUAACCAGGCCCAAGAUCUCACAAGCGUAAGCAAAGCUCAGAGUUAUUCAACUACUGGUCAGGCGCAACAGGGUCAGGCUGGUCAGGGUGGGCAAGGGCUGCAGACCUGUCAGAAUCAGACUUACUCGCCUGAGCAACUGCAAGGCUUGUCAUCUGUUGGGUACAGUGUCCAGGCUGAGCCCCAUGUCUCUGUCAGUCAGACACCGAGUUAUGUACCAGCGCAUUCGCAAGGGAUGCCCACAGCCAGCCCAUCGUUAAGCUACAGCACUGGCCACUCACCGGCAAUGCCAGGCCAUAGCCAGUCCAUUGGCUAUUCACAUAGCCAGAACCUUCCAGACUCGAGUCCUUCACAGAUCAUUCGGCCUCUCCAGUCGCCCACUGCUAACCGACCGCAGAGUGUGGCAUCGCCUGGGCAGUCUCAGAAGUAUCUCACUUCUGUGCUUUCUCCUUCCUUCAUGCAGUCAGCUCACACCCAGAGCUAUCAGAGUUCCCAAGGAGGGUUGGAGAGAACACCGUCUUAUGGUAAAUCCAAGACUGACUCAGACCUGCUCUCAUCUGAGCGGACAGACGAUGAGGAGUUCUUGAUCCAACACCUACUGCAGUCACAGAGUCCACCUAGGGUGCCCACGGAAGGGAUGGUGGAGUGUGAAGAGAGGUCUGGGAAAGGGAUGAGUUACGAGCUGAGUAAGACAGAGGAGCGUUAUCAUUUGCAGAGCGUCAUCCGGACCAACUCUAAUCUGGACAACCAGGGCCUUGAGAUGUCUCUGCAGAGCCUAAAAGACAAGAAGAAAGGCGAGAGGGCCAAGGAGUAUCCACACACACGCUCGACACCAGAGUCUUUGGCCACCUCUGUGGUCCAUUACAGUCAUCAAGCUGGUUCCAUGGACUCUUACGGCCAAGAGAUCAAGAAGUCAGUGGAACAGCACCUCCAGGGAGGCCACAUGGACACAGGUGGCAAGGAGAUUUCGCAAGCCCACUCCUAUUUGCAGAAGACUCCUGAGCAUGCCUCACAGCCUCACCCCAUGGAGCCACAUGGACUCAUGCCUGGGCAGCAGGGUGCCUCAUUGAUGUUGGACUCCCCUCCUGACUUGCCCUCUCUUUCCCUUUCACAGCAGCAACAGCAACAACAGCAGUCCCAGCUGCUCCAGUCAGUUCUGACACACACCCAGAGCCAGCUGCACUCACGUGGGAAAGUUCGGACUCCCCUGGAUGUCCACAUGAUGGAGCCUCAGCGCAUGCACCAGGCAGAAGCCCCCUCUCCGCAACUUCAGAUGCAGGCAUUGGAAGCCCACCUGCACCAGGCACAUGUGCGUUCCCAGAGCAUGGAGGCCCAGCUCCUUGAGCCACAACAGUCUCCGCAGCUCCAGGGUCAGCUCCAGUCAGAGAGGAUGCAGUCUGAGGGCAUGGAGGUGAUGCCACAAGGCAAUCUGUCCCAAUCACAAGAGAUCCAGGAUUUCUUGGAGCCAGAAUUGAGCUUGGAAUCCCACCUGGGGCAAAGUGGGGCAGUUCAAAAUCAGCAGCAUCUUCUUCCCGAUGCCACUUUGGACCCGGACUCCUCACAGCAAGUUCCUCAAGGACAACUUGAGGGCAAAGAUCAGUUUGAGAGUUCUAGCCCGCAGGGAGCCAAACAGCGUUUUGUUCCCUUGACCUCCAUUUGCUUCCCAGACUCCUUGUUACAAGAUGAAGACCGAAGCUUCUUCCCAGGCAUGGAGGACAUGUUUGGGCCUCCUCCCUGUGCUGGGGAUGAAUUCCCUAAGCCAGAUGAUGGCACACAAGGCAUGGAGAGGGGCGAGGGGAUGAAAGGAGGGGGCUAUGACAUGAUGCAAGGAGGACAAAGCUAUCAGAGCUAUUGCCAUUCUGAAAGUGGGGAUGGGCAGCACUUGGGAUUAGAUUCUGUGUCUGUCAAACACGAGUUGCCAUCAACAGUCAACACGGAACAGUUGGGGCUAAUCCAGUCUGGCCAACACGGGACACCUCCUGUUUCGGAAUCUAAGUCAGGCUUGACAUCACCAAUAUUUUGUUCCUCCAAACCCAAGAAGCUGCUGAAGACGUCAUCCUUUCACUUACUCAAGAAACGGGAGCCACCGUUCCAGCCACCCAAAAAGAAUUAUGCCCAGGAGUAUGAGUUCGAAGAUGACGAGGACAAGGAGGAUGUCCCGGCUGAUAUCCGCCUCAACAGCCGCCGCCUGCCUGACUUGCUGCCCGACCUCAUUUCCAGCUGCCGCACCAACCGGACAAGCCUCAGCCCCAUGGGGGACAUAGACUUCUGCCCGCCUAACAGCGGCCUCAUGGAGGGGCCCAAACGACGGGGCCGCAAGCCCACUAAGCCCAAGCGAGAAGGCCCACCCCGACCCCGUGGCAGGCCCCGCAUCAGGCCCCUGACUGAACCACCCCACGGCGUGGCUCACGACGGCACCAAGAAACCCCGAGGCCGGGGGAGAGGGAGGGGCAAGAAAGCUGGGGAGGAGGGGGUGGAGCCAGGAGGAGGCUUGGAGUCACUCAAACCACUCAAGAUCAAACUGCCAGUCCCAAAAGGCUUGGAAGGCUCUCAGCUGGAGGUUCCUGCUCCAUCUCACCAACCCCCUCAAGAGAGUAGCUUGGACAGCAGCCAGACUCGAGAGAAGAUCAAACAGAAGAUCAAGGAGGUGGAAGAGAAGCAGCCUGAGAUGAAAUCAGGAUUCAUGGCCUCCUUCUUAGACUUCCUGAAGUCAGGCAAGCGACAAACGCUACCUUCGUCAUCAUCCUCUACAUCAGCCACGGUUGGGCCACCUGGGACCUCGGCUCCUGUGGCCUCUUCUUCCGGAAGCCCCUCCAAGACGCCACGUCCCCCAUCGGCUGCGUCCUCCUCUUCCUCUUCCCAGCCCCCACCUCCCUUCGGUGUGGCACCUUCAAUGUUGUCUGGGGGAUUGGAUGGAACAGAAGGAGACCCAUCUGGACUUGUUAUGAGUUGUACCAGUCCUUGCAAGAGGCUGGACGAGGAGCUGAAGCGUAACCUGGAGACGCUACCCUCCUUCUCAUCUGAUGAGGAGGACUCUGUGAGCAAGAACCAGGACCUCCAGAAGAGCAUCUCUUCUGCCAUCUCGGCACUCUAUGACCCCACUGACCGUAAGGAGGGAGAGCCUAGCGAUGUUCCACCAGUGGAAGAGAAAGCCCCCAGCCCGGCCCCCUCAUUGGAGGCAGAAACCCAGCAGGAACUGCCCCCGCCUCCCAUUUCCCCAGCUCCAUCACCCAAGGAGGCUCCACCUGUCCCAGAAGAGCCACCAACCCAGGCAUCUCCUGAACCUGAGGAUCCUGAGGACACCCGACCCCUACACCUUGCCAAGAAACAGGAGACGGCAGCCAUUUGUGGGGAGACAGACGAAGAGGAGGUGGAAAGCGGUGGGGAAGGAAUCUUUCGAGAACGUGAUGAGUUUGUCAUACGUGUUGAAGAUGUCCAGGCCCUCAAGCUUGCCCUUCAGACGGGGAGGGAGCCACCCCCAAUCUGGCGGGUACAGAAGGCUUUGCUUCAGAAGUUUACACCUGAGAUUAAGGACGGACAGCGUCAGUUUUGUGCUACAAGCAAUUAUCUGGGUUAUUUUGGUGAUGCUAAGAAUCGAUACCAACGCCUCUAUGUUAAGUUCUUGGAGAACAUCAACAAGAAGGAUUACGUACGUGUCUGCUCCAAAAAGCCUUGGCACCGGCCUCUGCAAGCUGUCAGGAGACAGAGCCAACCCAAAGCCUCUGGCCCCAAGGUCCCAGUGACACCCAAAGUUGAGAAACCCGAGAAGCUGGAAGUCACAGAAAAGACUGAGAAGCCAGAAAAGCCCUCCAAGCCGGAGAAGCCCCCCAAGGCUGAAAAGCCAGAGAAAACGGAAAAGCCCCCCAAGGCUGAGAAAGGGCCUAAGCUGGAAAAGCCCCCCAAGCUUGAGAAGGCUGAGAAGCCUACCAAGGUGGAAAAAACGGCCAAGGCAGAGAAGCCCCCCAAACUGGAGAAAGUGGACCUUCCUCCUCCUGUUCCUGCGAAAGCUGCCUCAGCGAGUGGAACCUCCAAACCCAAACCUAAGCCGGCCAAAGUGAAAGCUGAGCCACCUCCCAAGAAGAGGAAAAAAUGGCUGAAGGAGGCAGCAUCCUCCUCCGACUCGGAGUCCAGUCCUGAUCAGCAGAGUGAGGAAGAGCGUGUGCUGACCGGACGUAUUCUCAAUACACGAGCCAUGAAGGAGAUGUACCGCAGCUACGUGGAAAUGCUGGUCAGCACUGCCCUCGACCCAGACAUGAUUCAAGCUCUUGAGGAUACAAAUGAUGAACUUUACCUCCCACCUAUGAGGAAGAUUGAUGGGAUAUUGAAUGAUCACAAGAAAAAAGUGCUGAAAAGGGUGUCUCUUAAUCCAUCACUGCAGGAGGCGCUCCACACGUUUCCCCAACUCCAUGCUGAGACGUGCGACACCACAGUUAAGAUACGUCCGAGUGGUGAGCCUUACAACCGCAAGACGCUCAACAAACUCAAGAAGAAUGUAUCCAAACCACAGGAAUUCAGUGUGGAAGUGGAGAAGUCCUUUUUCUACACUCUGUACCAUUCCCUUCACCACUACAAGUACCACACUUUUCUGCGUUGUAAGGAUGAGACGACGGCAAUUGAGGGUCAGGACGAGGACCUGGGCCAGGAGGAAGUGGUGCAGCAGUGCAUGCGCAACCAGCCAUGGCUAGAGAAACUGUUUGACUCCUUCAGCGAGUUGCUGACUCAGGCGCAGAAUAAAUGUGCGUGACGCAGCCGCCAGAGCCACGCCCCGGGAGGGGCUGCCUAAAUCCCGCCCCUCUGCAGAGCCAGAGCAGGAAGUGGGGAGAGGAAGGUCGAGGGGUACCAUUACAAGCAAGGAGUUCAGACCCAGCUGACCACCACCCCUUCCCUUUCCAGGUUUUCUUUUUUUUUCUUUCUUCAAAGCAGGAUCUGGGAUGGGACUCCUUAUUUUAGGGUGGGUGGGGUGUGUGGGAAGUUUGCAAUGGCAGAGAGGACAUGUCGAGGAAGGUUCUCAUCAAACGUUGGGUGGUUGGACAACCCCUUUCCCUUUCGCCCUGGCUGUACAGAGAAAUAUUAUUUAUAUAUAAAUGUAUAAAUGUCUAAUUGAGCAGCCUUGCCCCCUGCUCUGGUGGGGGGUGGGAGAGUAGGAGAACCUAUAGGAAGGUCAAGGUGGUGUGUGAUUUAGAGCUGGGAGGCUGGGAUCCCGGACUCCUGGUUUUUGUUCAGGGUGAAGGGAAGUGGAAGUUGGGUCGGUAAGCAGCAAAGAGAAUGGAGGGAGCAAAAGGUUCUGGGUUUCUUGGUGUCUGUCCUGCACCUCUCCUGUCAAGAACCUUUACUUCUCCGUAGCAAGAGUUCAGAAUUGGAGUGUGAGGGAUGGUGUGCUGGGCCACCCUUGUUACCAUAUUGGAUCCUAUUCACAGUCUGACCAGGUAGGAUGUAACCCUGCUUCCCCAUCUUUCUCCUCCUGGUCAACAAACAAACACAUCUCCGCCAAAUAAACCGUUGUUUUGAGGUGCAGGGAGAAGGAAGCCUCCACCAUCCCAUCCACUGAUAGCGGUCACCUCUGUUCUUGCUUCCAACAGGACUAUUUAUUGCCAAGUUCCUCCUUCCCAACCAUAGCUUGUUCCAGAAGGUGUUUUUUUCUGAAGCAUUAUUAUUCUUUCACUCAAAAUUGCUGCUGGUGGACCUGCCGCAAGCCACUUUCCCCCCCCCUCCUUUUUGCCAUUGGGUUCAGGAGUCUAGCUCUUUCGGACAUGUGGAACAUCUCCCCUAACCCUACUCAAUAUCCCUUUGGACUAGCUAACAGUUAAUGGGCAAGGAAGGGAGCAUAAUUGCAUCCAUAGCAAACUGCCUGCACCAAGUUUUCUUAAAUCUCCCCAUAUCUCUCUGCCCUGGAUUUCUGAACUGGCCCUUGUUGGAUCACCGGAGGGCUGCAGUUGAGGGCAAUCAGAGCUCCUUUGGGGAAAGGGUCAUCCUUUUCCCCUCCCUAUUCUCCCCUUAUGGUGUUUGACAAGGCAGGCAUCUGCUCCCUCUCCUCCAGCUGUAUAUACUGUAUAGGAUAAAAAGUCUAUGUAUCAUAUUGUAUUUGACUAACUUGAACUUAACAACGCGCAGGAGUUUCUCUCUUUUCUCUCAUUGUAGCUGUGAUGUUCUUUGGUUUGGACUGAAACUCAUUAGGAGGUCAUUAUUUUUUUAAGAACUCAUUGUUGUUGUUGUUAUUGAGGGGGAAGGGAGAUUCUGUGUCCCUACCCCUCUCCCACCCUCCUAAGCAAAGGUCCCCCCCUAAACCCUGAGCUGAAAGGCUAAAAUGAACAUUUUAGAUAGAGGAUGAAUUAAGUCCCAGCCCUGGCUAUGACAUCUUCAAUUCACAAUUCACCAGUAUUUCUACCCUGAGGUUCACCACUUCUUUUGUUUCUUCUGGAUCAUCCUGAUAAUUUCCUUCACACACAAAUAGUGACCAGUUAGCCAGUCCUCCUCUGCCUUUUAACCCUUGGAUCUUCCUAGUGAUCUUCCCACCCCACCAGAUUCCCUUGUCCCAGCAAAUGUCUACCUCAUUCUUGCUCCCAAUGUUCUCUUUCUUUUCAAUUUGAUUUAAUUCAUCUGCCAUCUUUUCUAAUUUUAAAUUUGUUUUUAAUUUUAAAAAAUCCACUCCGCACAUGCAAUUUGAUUCUCCCUCCCCCCCCCCCCCCCCCAAUAUCUAAAUUCCCUGAUAUUUGCCAUUCUUUAGUCUUCCACCUUUUCCUCAAAGAUUCCUUGUUACUGACUUUUGUAAAUCUGCAGGGCAUGUCAAAAUUCCCCAGCACACUUCUACGUUUUUCAUGGAAGAGAGAGAGAGGAGAAAGAGGUGCGAAAAGGUACUUCAGAUGUGGAGAGGGAACAAAACUCCCUUUAACCCAGCAGAACGACUGUGGACAUAUCCCUGAACAGCACAGAAAUGUGUUUUAAGUGGCCCAUGUGGGUGUUUAGGUAGGUCAGGGUCUUUUAUAUAUACACAGCAUCCCUCCUGUCCCCAUAGAUCCUACCCUUCUCCCUAUUAUUUAUUGUGGAUGAAUAGAGGUUGGCAAGUAUGUAUGUGAGUGUGCGUGGAUGGAAAUUUGGUGUCCGUGAACCCCACUCAAAAUGGGGCGCUUCGUUUUUUUUUAAAGGGGAAGGAGGUGGACUGGCUGCCUUCUCGGAUAUUUUAAAGCUUGCGGUUUAGUUUUUUAACAAAACAGCUUUUCCUUACAAACCUGAUUACGAAGAUCUGUUGGGCCUUAGAGGUGAAGGAUUGUAGCUUGAACCUUGUGUGUGGAAAGAGGCUUAGUUGAACAUGGGUUUGAAGUAAUGAGGUGGGGAGAGGGAGGGUUUCACAGUACAGGGUUAAUAUUUGAGGAACAGAGAGCCAAGAGACCUCUCGGGACAACAAACCUGGUGCCAUCGAUCCCAUGCGAAACCUUGUGAAAGCAUCACUCCAGGAUGGAGGGGACUGAGUCGCCAAACCCUGACUACCAGAAUUGGAGAGGCCCAGCUCCAGGUUGAUGGAGAGAACACACACAAAUGUACCCUUUGCUUCCUGUGACAAAAAAAUAAGAGACUUUUCUCCCCGCCCCCCCCCCCCUCCCAAUUUGGAUCUCGGAAGGUCCCCUUUUUUACGACGUGUAUUUCUGUGUAUCUUGUUCGCGCCUCAAGGGUAUUGUUCUGAGAUAUGGGAUUUGUGUUCUGUAUUAUUGGAUGUUCCUAUAUAUUUUUAUUGUUUAUUAUUAGUGUCUGAGACGUUUUUUUCUCUCAAUAUGUAAAACUCACAUUGUAUACUGUGUACACAACAAAAUGACAAGAAACACUUUUCUUUGCAAAAACCAAA